GACAGCACCCAUUAGUCAUGUGACCGGUAGCCGCCGUCAAGGACUCUGACUUGUGAUUGGCUGUAAGGACGUAUCACAUGUCCCGUUGAAGUUGUGGCGCCAGUAGCGCCUGGGUGGUUCGCCUCAAUGGACGAGAAGAGCACUAAGAUCAUCAUGUGGCUCAAGAAGAUGUUCGGGGACAAACCCCUCCCUCCCUAUGAGGUGAACACCAGGACGAUGGAGAUCCUGUAUCAGCUGGCGGAGUGGAAUGAGGCGCGGGACAAAGAUUUAAGUCUGGUCACAGAAGAUCUGAAGCUGAAAUCAGCUGAGGUUAAAGCUGAAGCAAAAUACCUUCAGGAUCUCCUUACUGAAGGCCUGGGUCCCUCUUACACGAAUUUGUCUCGUAUGGGCAACAACUACUUGAAUCAGAUAGUGGACAGCUGCCUGGCACUGGAACUGAAGAAUUCUUCCUUAUCCAGCUACAUUCCUGCUGUCAAUGAUCUGAGUUCGGAACUAGUAGCCAUCGAGUUAAACAAUCAGGAGAUGGAAGCAGAGCUGACGAGUCUAAGGAAGAAACUCACAGAGGCCUUGGUGCUAGAGAAGUCACUGGAACGGGAUCUGAAGAAAGCCGAGGAACAGUGCAAUUUUGAGAAAGCCAAGGUGGAGAUCAGAUCCCAGAACAUGAAGAAACUGAAGGAUAAAUCAGAGGAAUACAAAUACAAAAUCCACGCUGCAAAGGAUCAGCUGAGUUCUGCCGGGAUGGAAGAGCCUCUCACACAUCGUUCUCUUGUCUCCCUUUCUGAGACUCUGACAGAACUAAAGGCACAAUCCAUGGCUGCAAAGGAGAAGCUGAAUUCUUACCUUGACUUGGCACCUAAUCCAUCUCUUGUUAAAGUGAAGAUUGAAGAGGCAAAAAGAGAACUAAAAGCUACAGAGGUGGAACUGACGACCAAAGUGAACAUGAUGGAGUUCGUGGUCCCUGAGCCAAGCAAGAGGAGGUUAAAAUAAACCCCACAUCUGUACAGCCAUAUUGUAUUUAUAGAGAGCUGAAAUUUUAUAUUCUAACACUGGCAAUCUUUAUGCCCCUACCUACUUCUAUUCUUUAAUAUUUUCUUUUUCGAUAUUUCGAUUUAUGGACUAGUUUUAAUUAUUGUGCAAAGUUGUAAAUAAACACUGCAUUUCAUUCA